ACGAACCGGUCGUACACGUGCGCGCCCGCCACAACGGACACGCGGUCGUAUCCGGUGCAGUAAACAAUCGCGCCGCAUCCGGUCGUGCUCGCCAACCCGUGUGCCUCUCUCCGCGGCGCUCGUCAACGUUUAUCGCAUUCGUAUCCGCGUGCGGUGUUUUUUCACCUUCGUCCCGUCAUCCGCGGUCGAUAAUCGCGUGCGAUCUGCUUCCCGACCGAAAAACGGACACGACAUGUACCGAUCGCGCGUACGCGCCGCCGAACCCGGACCGGAAACGUGAAACGCUCGUCGUACUCCGUGCGAUCGUCAUCGUUCUCCGACCGCGCUACGAAAUCGGUACCGAUUUUUCCCCGUCCGUUCCGUCGAACCGUCAAGCUGGAUUUCCAGGCCAAUUCGUCGAACAUGUUCACCAGGUUCGACGCGACCAAGUCGACGAAAGGGGCGAGCAAACUACGAAGGGACCUGAUCAACGCGGAAAUCGCGAACCUCAGGGAUCUGUUGCCGUUGCCGCCGUCGACCAGGCAACGACUGUCGCAGCUACAACUCAUGGCCCUCGUGUGCGUGUACGUGCGGAAGGCCAACUAUUUCCAGCAAGCGUUCAAACGACACGAGUGUCUGCACCACCAUUGCCUACCGACGCCUAGUUACGGAUUUUCAAAGGCGCUCAGCGGGUUUUUGAUGAUGAUGACCCAAAACGGCAAGCUCCUAUACAUAUCGGACAACGCUGCUGAAUACUUGGGCCACUCGAUGGAGGAUCUCCUCAUACACGGUGACAGCGUGUACGACAUGAUCGAUAAACAAGAUCAUCAAGCCGUACAAACCGAGCUGUCCAGAAGCCAGACUUCCGCCGAAGACCAAGGAUGCAAGCGAAUGUUUUUGUGUCGUAUGAACGUUUCCAGAAAUGCCCGGAGACAAAUGCGAUUUGGCGAUCAAAAAGUGGUUUUAGUGCAAGGCCAUUACCUAUCCUAUCUGCCACUGUGCAGCAGAAACGAACCAGUUUUCCUAGCCACCUGCAGUCCAGUGGCGAUGCCCGAGACCAGGGAGGCCGUGGUCCAGGGUUCCACGACGGUGUUCACAGCCAUUCACUCGAUGGACAUGAAGUUCAUACACGUAGAUAAAAUAGGCGAAUUUCAUUUGGGCUUUUCCCGCUCGGAGCUUCAGGGUGUUUCGUGGUACCAACUGUUGCACUGGGAGUGCAUGCGCGAGGCCCAGAGCAAACAUCGGCUGAUUACACAAUCGGAACAGGACCGUUCAUGCAUACUGUUGGCCAGGGUACAGAAGAGGGCCACAGGGGACUGGCUUUGGAUACACUGCGUGUUGCAGGUCAAAGACAACAUGGAAAACAGCCAACAGCCAGUCAUCGUCAGCACGAAUCAAGUACUUACGGACCAAGAAGCGGCCGUGAUGCGCGCCAACAGCUGGCUGUACCACUAUUACAUGGUGCAGAGCAAACUGCAGUACGGGAUGCAGUUCGAAGCGCAGACGUCGCCGCGGGUGCCGUCCGCGGGACCGGUGGUGCAGACGACGCCGCCGCAGCAGCAGCAGCAGCAGCAGCAGCAGCCGCCGCCGUCGACCGCUGCACCCGUGUACGCUUACCAUCACCAACAGUCACCGCACGACGGCGGUGGCGGCGGUGGCGGCGGUGGCCACCGGCAAGACUCGUAUCCACCGGCGGAGCAGCAGCAGCAGCAGCACCACCAACAGCACCACCACCAUCACCAGCAGCAGCACUUCCAUCAGUUG